AUGGGUAAAGGCAACCAGCAAGCUGCCUCUCUGGCUCACUUCAAGGCCUCGAGUAGUGCCCGAGCUGCCGAACGCCAAGGCGGUCAACUGCGCACCUUUAGCGCGUUUUCAAACACAGCAGGAACGCCUGGCGCCACGGCCGGCCGUGGCUACCUGGUCCCAGGCGAAGACGACAAGCUUAUGCCCGACCUCAAGCAAGCCCUCUCCAAGCUCAAGAAGCGCGAUGCCGUUACGCGCGUCAAGGUGGAUGCCUCUCACCGCCUUCGUCCUGCAUUCGUCCACGGUGCCCCGGCCCAUGCCCAGCGUGCCCUGACUCUUUUGCUCGCCUUCACCCAGACUCUUGAAGAAGUCCUUGCCAUUCUCAACGGCACAGAGGAUGACCAAAUUCUGGCCACCCUCGAGCACUGGCCGCGCCUCUACAACCGCCUUUCUCAAGAUGCAGACCGUCGUGCGCGUGAUUUCACGGCGCGUGUGUGGGCCGUUUUGGCAACACGGGCUGGCAAACGCAUUGCUCCCUUCUUAAAGGCCAUCCUUCCCGCAUGGCUGCUGGCACAGCACGACCCGUCCCGCGAGGUUGCCAAGCAAACCCGUGAUACCUUUACGACACUCUUUGCCACCAGCGACAAGCAACACAAAACCAUCUCCUUUGCUCAAGAGGAGAUUGUUGCCGCAUAUCGCUUCAACUUGCUAGAGCUGUCCUUGGAGGAUCUUCGCAAUCAGAACACGGGCGAUGAUGAGCAAGAACUGCGCGACAAGCACAGUCGCAUCUUGACCAACACGCUUUUGGCCCUCGGCGAUGUCCUGCGCCUUGACCAUGAAGCUCUCGCCGUCGCCUAUCCAGCCCUUCAGGAGCUCUUUGCCGAUAGCCGUCUCUGGAAGCUGCACAAGCUUGACAAUCCCGACAUCUUGGCGUCGCUCUACGCUCUCGUGGGCACGGCAGUCCGUUUUCACCCUGACCUUUUGGAUCAUGAUCUCAAGCGCGUUGCAUCUUUGCUGUGCAAGUAUGUACCAUCGACCUUGGGCUCUCAUGGCAGCCGCACACCCCAGGAUGUGUGGUCGGUUCUGAGCCCGCAAAAGACCCUCUUGCCCCGCGUCUGGCAGCUCAGCGCCCAGCUGGGCGGCGCCAUUGCCGAAACAUUUUUCAACGGUCUUGUACCGCUCUUGGCCUGCAUUCCUUCAGAUCUUGUCGAGGGUGUGCAGCUCUUUGAAGCGUGCACAGAAGCUCUGCUGGCCGGCCUGGUUGGUAAAGCCUCCCGUGCCACCUGCCCUGGCAGCAUUUACCUCGGCGCUUGGCAGGCUCUCUUGCUUCACUUUGGCCCUACACACCAGGAGUUGGCGCAAAAUGCCCUGGUUCAGCUCGUCCAAACUUUAUGUUUCAACCCAUCAGCCGAUUGGGUGCGAGCUGAACAGCUGAUCCAGUUUUGUAGCACCAUUGCCAGCACAAAUGAGCUGGCCAGCCUGGGUCUUCUGCGUGAUGCCCUUGACGCCCUGGCCCGUCGCCAAGUCGCUUGGAUUACCGAAGUGGCCGCCUCCCCUGCAUCCGCAGCAAGCACGCCCCAUGUUGAUGACGAUGUUGCAGACGGCAACGAGAGCCCACCUCUUUCACCCUCCACGGUGACAGCACCAGCGGAUGCGGCCCCAGCACGCGUAUCUUUUGCGCCAGAUGCCACCGCAAUGUUGCCAGCUGGUGAGGUGCCCUCGGCGGAGGUCCAAUCUAAGCCAGAAGCGCCUGAAGUGCGAUUGCGUGCACAGCGUGCCUUGGCCGUGCUGUCCGCCCUGCUGGAGGCUGACCCAGAGCUGCGUGGACACGUGUCUGGCAACCUGGUCCUACCGGGCCUAUCAGUUUGGUCGGAGGCUGGAGACUUGCCCGUGUCCUUGGCACAUUUUAUUUUAAAAGCUGCGCAAGGCUGCACGCUGACGACAGAACAAGCUGCCGAUGUGCUGGCACGUGUAGAUGCUUUGACCAGUGUUGUGGCGGCUGCGUCGCGCGCUGACCUGUUCGGCCUUGCCUGUCGCAGUUUGAUGGCUGCCGAUGCCCAUGCGCAAGAGCAAUGGUCUGCCCGCUUAGUAGCACGUGCCGGCGAGCUUGAUCAGCGCAGCGUCUUGCUUGAAGCGUUGGUGUGUGUCGCUCCACGCGAGGGGGCCAACUGGAGCACUGCGCUCAUUGAACAACUCGCGCGCGAGGUUCAUGCGCUCGAAGAUGCCACCACUUCUCCGACUGCUCAAGUGCAGGAUCUUGCGACUGCUGCCGGUCACCUCUGGUGCCUCAGCGUGACUGCUACCACCUCGGAUGCCUUGCGCCCCGUGUUGCUCGAUAUUCGCCCCACCUGCCACGAUCUGCUGGCUGUCGAGGCCUCUGAAAACUCAGCGGCCAGAACCUUUGCACUCGCUGUGCACGAUGGCUUGUCGCCGACCUCGGCCUUUGCCACAGAGCAGCUCAGCGAGGUUAGUUGGCUCUUGACACGGUGUGUCGAGGUUCUGGCCCAUCGCAGCGCGCAGCCGCUGUGCGUUCAAGCCGAUGCUCUGCCGUCGGACCUUCCUGCACGCCUCAAUGCCGUGUUGCAGCGCGUGCUCACUGUCUUGUACCAUGAUGUCGGCCCGAGCUCGGCGAUUGUGCUUGAGUUGCUGGAGUCUGUCUUGAAUGGUCCCGUGUGGCAAAAGGGCUCUGCGCUCGACCACGCCUUGGGGGCUGCCAUGACCGGUCUUCCCUUGCCAGUCCGGACGGCUGUGCUGGGCCGGCUCGCAACACAAGCUGAGCUGCGCAUGAGCACCGGGGGCCCACCGUCACUGAAGGACUUGGCCACGGGUCUCGUGACGUUUGGCGACGUUGAUUUGGCACGCAUCGAAGAGGCCGUCAGCCAACGCAUGGCCCUAGCUCCUGCUCGUCGACUCUUAGACUUGCUCGUCACGGAGUCUGGGUGGGAUGCGUUUUCGGCUGAUCAAUCCGUCAGCGCCGAACAAUUGGCAGGGCUGACCUCCUUGUGGGCCUUGGAACGCUCUGACGCCACUGAAGUCGGUGCGCGAGCUCUCGAUGAUGAUUUCAUUUCACCCGUCUUGAGCAACUCUACUGCUCCCUUGCCUGCGAUUGAGUUGUUGCAGGCAGCUCUCUGCCUGAAAGAAGAAAAUGGCCGCGUCGCCUAUCUGCAGGCAAUAUUGUCCCGAGUGGAGGGCCUACUUGGCUUGGAUGCCACAGUGCUGGCAGCGCAAGCACUUGCAAAAUGGCCUGCUACCGGCGCUGUGUGGACCGCUGCGCUAGACAUGAAGUUGACAAGCGCGCGCGGGGCUCAGGCUAUUCAGCUUUUGGCCGCUUACCUACCCGGGCCCACAGGCAGUGCACAAACCGCUCCACUCCUUGCUUCCCUGACCACUCGGGUGGAGGGCGUGGCCCAUGAAGGCCUUUCUCUCCUCGAUGAUCCUAGCCCGUUGCUGUCACCGAUUCUGGCGUGCAGCGUAGUGGCGGCCAACUUGGCACGAUCGCGCUACCAGGUGGAUAUGGCAGCCGCAGCGGCGCUUGCCGACGAGGCCCAGCAAGCUCUCUCCGAAGCGGCUCGGGCUGCGCUACAGCGCCAGCAAGCCACCCGAAUCCAACUGCCCGAGGGUAGCACGAAAGUCAUCCAGGCAUUACGCCAAUGCCUGGAGGUCAUCCAAAGCUGGCAGGACGCUGAAGAAGAGCUGCUCGAGUUUCGUGAAGAUGAUGAAGAUGAAUUGCCGCGACCACAACGUCUCGUCAAAAUGGCCGUGGCAUCGGGGAUGAAGGCGGCACCACCAGCUCUGGCGGAUGCCGCCCGGGAGUGGCAGAGCUUUUUCCUUCCCAACAGCAGUGAGAUCUGCUAUGCGCACCUGGAACGCUCGGCCGCAGCAGCCUUGGCUGGAAACACUGGGACUGUGGCCUCGGCGCUGCAUGCUGUCAUCGGCGAACUGGGCCAGCUGUGUCUGGAUGAUGAAGACAAAGCAAGCGGUUGGGGCGUGAGUGAUGCGGAUGACGAACUCGAGGAAGAGCUAGAGACCACGAGCGAGGGCGUGGUUGUCGUUCGGGCGACGCAACGGGAACGACCUGCCGACAUUAUGCUCAAGUUCCUCGAGCCCUUUAUCCUUGCCUUGGGUGGCGACGAACGGCGUUGCGAGGCCGAGGAGCACGCGGUCGAUUUGUUGUGGCAGCGCGGCCAUUUGUUGUUGUGGAAUCUCCUUACCGUGGUGUUUGAGCGCGUGUCAGCUGAGCUGCGACCUGCGCUUGCCAACCCCUUGUUGUAUGAGGGAACCUUCUGCCCAUCCUUGACAUACUACUUUGAUCAUUUCCUGGAGAACCAGCGCGCUCUGCCCACGGAUAUUGGAGAAAUGUUGGAACGUCCGCAGGCCCAGCGUCUCGGUGACUUGGCGCCCAGCCCAGCGGGCUUGGUGCGGCUCGCGGCGCUUGUUUAUGGGCACUUUUUCCUGCGCAUGCCAGCCAUGGCUGUUUCCAGUUUUACCUCGACGAUUGUAAGCCCGGUGGUAUGCCGGGGCGAGCUGAAUGCAGCAGAUGCCCGGACGGUGGGCUCGGAUGACGAGGAUGAGAGCCGUGUGACGGUGCAGAGUCGCUUCGCGGUUCGGGAAGUCAGCGCCGUGUACCGCAAGGACACGCUCACGCUGGAGCUGGUGAUCAAGCUGCCUGAGGACUAUCCCUUGUCCAAAGCCGAGGUGGGUCGUGAAAGAGCGACAGGAUGGCAAAUGGACAAUCGCCUGUACCCUUCUAAUCCUGGCUUCUGGGUUGUUUAUGUAGAUCUCACCGGGGCAGCGUGUGGGCAUUUCUGGGGACAAAUGGCGCAAGUGGGUUCUGUCACUCUCCCUCUUCAUCAACAACCAGAACGGCAGCAUCGUGGAUGCGGUGCGAUUGUGGAAGCGAAACGUGGACAAGACUUUUGA